AAACAAGAAAAUGUGACCAGUGAAAAAAAAAUAUAAAGUUCCAAAGUUCAACUACGAAAGAAAAAGAUCUUAGUUUGAAAAUCUCCUAAAAUGGCAAAAAAUAAUUUUUAAUGUCUGUUUUCAUUGCCAAAGUGCUGUGUGUGAUAAAUGUUGAAAGAAAAACAAAACUCCCACAAAAAGCAAAAGUUUCUUCUGUCUAUGGCCCAAACAAUGGCCAAAAAAUAAUCAACACUCCUCGUUGGAUGGUCAAAAAUUAUUGUCAAAAGUUGUAAUUUCAUUUAAUGGGUUUAUAAUGGCCAACUAGCCGGGUAAUGAAGGCCUCCAAAGAUGCUGUGUCAGUGUUAUCACCUUCCACAAUAAGGCGAUCAAUGUUAUCAUCUAACAGCACAAAAGGCCAAAAAGGCCAUAAUCAUCUUUAAAGCUUAAUUGUCAAUUCUAGCUCUUUUAGAGCUAAUUGAAUUCCAACAACAAGAUAUUGAUGAAAAAUAAUCAUUAUAGGCGCUUUAAACCAAAAUCUAUUUUUAAAAAGUUUAAUACACAGGAUUCCCUUGCAUUUUUUGGGGGGAUGCUUUGCGGAGGUGGUGUCGUCUUCGCCUAUACUCAUAUGAGAAAAAUACCAAUGAAGAGCCCCAUUGAUACAUCGAUUUUUGUGGGUGACUAAAAAUAAUUUUCCUUUGAAAUUGAUUCAGUGAGUGCUACAAAAUGUGGGAAAUUUGGAAUUAUAUAAAAAACAGAGGCAUUCCAUCAAAUAAAAACAGCAUGUCUGGAGGUUUAAUGUCCUGUGUGCGGGAAAAUUCCCCUCCUUUGGAUUUGGAUAUGAAUGCUUCCGGUCCUUUAUCAUUGCCGGAACCGCGCAUCAAUACAUCCGAUUUAUUCGAUAAUGGCCAUUCAUCAUCACAGCAUAGUAUUAUGUCUUCAACGCCGCUGGCGGCUCAUUCAUCGGCCCAUUUGUUGGAUGCUGGCAAUGUCAGCAGCAGCAGUGGAGCAGCAGGAGGUGGAGGUAGUGGCUGCGUUAGCCCUGCUGCUACACCUCAAGCUACCCCACCCAAUACAGAACAACAAAAACGCCGUCGCUUUCAUCCGCUACGCAAUCUCAGACGAAUUUUUCGAAGACGCACCAUAACCACAACAAAUCCCACGGCUACAGAUGCAACAACAGCACCCAACUCAACCUCGUUGCCGUUAGCGCCCACCAGCAGUACCAGUGAAAAAAAUCUGCGAAGUGCCACAUUAUCCUGCGUUGCUUCCACGUCAGUGGCAUCGGCCUCGUCGCCCUCAUCACCGUUGACGCAUCAACAGCUGCAUGACGCCUAUUUGACGCAAUCUUUGCCAAAAUCCAAAUCCUCAUAUUUAUCACUGUUAGGUGGUGGAGGUGGCAAGAACAAAGGUAGUCAUGAUCACUGUAGUGGUGGUGUAAACCCCUCAGAGACCACUAGCAAAUCCAAAUCCAAGCAUAAAAAUAAAGCCCAGAAAGCACAACAGCAGCAGCUUCAGCAACAAGCCAAAGAUUUAGAACUGAGCACAGACGAAAACAUGUACGGCACCAGCCAACAAACUUCAACCUCCUAUCAUCAUCAGCAUCAUGCCAUGGCGCAAACUACUUCCAGCGGAUCGGUAAGUGCCACCAAGUCAUCACUGCUUACGCAAAGGCAAUCAAUAGGCGUGGCCGUCUUUCCUGGGGCCAUGCAACGCAACUUCUUUGCCGAGCGCCAGAAAUUGCGCAGUGUGGGCGACUCUUCGCAGGAUCUGGACAGUGGCAGCGGUAAUGACAGCGGCACUGGUGGUGGCGGUGGCCAUAUAUCAUUGGCCGCCAAAAACAGUAGUGCCAGCGGUGGUGAAAUGUCCGAUAGCCAGAGAAGUUUAAGUGAGGGACGACUGAUUGAUAGUGACUAUUCCCGCGAUGGUCUUUCACAAUCACAUGACAGCGUUUUCUCCGAAUCUGCAACAGCCAGCAGUUUGUCCAUAGUUUUGAAGGCCGAACUUGCCGAUGUCUUGCGCAAGCGACGCAAUCGUCCCGAUGCCUCCGAUGAAGAUCUUGGUCUGCCACGCAGUCCUGCCUCGCCUCAGCGUCGAGUUUUGGCCAAAACAAAUGGCAGUACUGGCGGCUCUGGCAAUGGCACAACAUCGUUACGCAUCAAACAAAGUCAUCAUCAUAUGGAAAAGCAAAGUGAGGCAUCCUCUCUCAGCCUCUUGAGCAUGAACAGUGCAGAUGGGGAUGAUCUAUUGGCAACAUCCACGGCCAAUAAUUCGCUUUCCACUGAAAUUAGACAGGAGCACUCGCGUUAUUCGAGAUCUUCGACCAUGUCCAGUUUGUCCAUGUCUUCGGAUAUUCUGCGGCAUCGUGACAGUUCUUUGGGGGAGCCCAAAGAUGAAGUGGAUUUGUUUUCAUCCGAUUGGCAGAGGCUAUCACAUUCGGCGGCCAAACAUAAAAUGGCCAUAAGACCGGCCAAGAAGAAGGGUGGCCCCAGUAGGCAGCACAGAAGGACAUUGGAGACUUCCAUACCAGAGGCCAAUGAGGAUUUGUCCAAACUAAACAGCAAGAAAUUAUUGGAUAUUAAAGAUCUGGAUGCCAAAGCCAAAACUCGUUCUCUCCCACCGGGCGUUAAUGCUGCCAAACUCAUGGAAGAACUUGGUAGUUCAAGCGUUAGUGUAGUCAAACACAACACUGCCUUUAAGGAAACCCAAAUGGGCCACAAGAUCAGCAGCACCAGCACCACCACUUCUAUGGCAAAGACUACGAAAUUUACAGCAACAACAUCUUCAGCAACUACAACACCAACAACAGCCAACGCCACAAAUUCGAUUUCAGCGCAUGCUAAUGCGACCACGACGCCGACGAUGGCGACAGAGGCAACAAGCCAAACCACUUCCACAUCGACGACCAACAACAUUUUCGGUUUUCGCUCGCUGACCGCCAAGGCAUCGUCCAUGUUUGAAUCCAAAGAGACAACAAGCAGUUGCAAUCCCGAAGACUUGUUGUGCCAAGCCAAAAAACCAGAAGUAUUCAAAAAACCUGAAACUUUGUCUGAGAAGCCGGACACCAUGGCAAUGGAGACACAAGAAUCGGGUUUCCUAAGACGUUUGAUGCACCGCAACUCCAAGCGUUCCAUAGCCAAAGCCAAUGCGGGCGAUGAGGAGGCGGAAGUGGUGGACAGCAAACAGCAUGAACCAAAGAAAAUGCAAAUGGCCAUGGAGGCCAAAACCACAUACAGCUCAUCCUCAUUCCUGCAGGAUGUGACCAAGAGUGAGUUUUCUUAUAUAAACGCGGCUGGCAUAAACUCCGCUGCUGCCCCCACGGCCACAGCCACAGCUACCGCCUCCAACUCCACCUCCAAGAACUUUGAACAGAAACAUGGCGAUAUUAAGCGUGGAGAUUUUAUGAGUGACAGCCGGCCUGCAUUCAGUGUGAAGGCAUCAAGCUGCCUUACACCAAAAGAAGACAAGAAACCUGAGGAUUUGUCUCCCUCCAAGCCCAAAUCAGGACCAGCAGCCCGUCAGCGUUAUAUGCCCCAAAAUAUUAGCAAUGAGAAUUUGAGCUCCUCAGCUGGCACAGCAGAGCAGCAGUUAUUGUCUUCCUCCAAGGAAUCCAUACUCUCCAAGUCCUCGGCCAAUGAGAUGUUCCAGUCCACUUCCAUUAUAAGGGAGAUAACCAAACAGCAGAAUACUUCUCCCCUUAAGGCGGAGCAUCAUUUCGAAAAGAAACCCAAGAUAGUGGGCCUAUCGGCUUUCCAGCAAAAGAUCUCCAAAUCGAAUGAGUCCUUUGGCAGAGUCUCCAGCAACACUUCCUUGGUAUCGCUCGAACAACAAACUACCACUAAGAUGGAGUCGGAGGAAUUAGUGGAAGGUGAGUUGUGUGCUCCAGUGCGUGCCCAAAUCUAUGAUCAAAAAUCCCGCAAAGCUGUGGAAAAAUCCAAAAGUUUCCGCGCCUAUGGUGAGGAGAAACCCAGCACACCCAAUACCGUGCACAACAACAUGCCCAGCCUGCCGGAUUUGAGUUUGAAUCUUAGGGUGCCCUAUUACAAGGAAUUUGUGCUGCAGGACAAUGAGACCUAUGGAGGAAGUGGUUCCACUCCCUCUCCGCCCGAUGAGAAACAAUCGUCCUUGGGCUUUGAGAUCAAUGACAACAAACUGAUGAAACCCGAACGCAAAUCGUUCAGUAACUAUGAUAGAAAUGUUAUAUUGACCACCACGCCCAGUGGGCCAGCGGGAUCAAAUAAAAAACUCUUGAGCACACCCACCAUAAGUUUGGUUCCACCCCUAUCACCGUCGGCGGCCAGCAAUCGAAAUAUAUCGGAAAUAGAAUCCAAUAUUGAUAUGAUAGUCUCCUCGCCCUUCAUCAGUGUUAUACGCAAGUCCUCCAAUUUCAGUGAGCAACAGCAGUUGGAGAGGAGUGAGACCACAGUGGUGCCCGAAAGAAUUCGCCCCACUGUUUUGGCCCUCAAGAAGGAGAAAUCCCUAAGCGAGGAUAAUGUUUUGAAUUCUCCCUCUACAGCCAAUGUGACUUUGCGCGAAAAGUCCUUGAACAAGCAGAACAUAACCUUCGCCAAUAGCAGUGGCCACAUGGAAUCCCUAAAGGAUAUGGAAAGAAAGUCAGCCCCUGCCCCCAUGGGCUCCAGGAGUUCGAAUGGCUUUAGAAAUAACUCCACCCGAAGAUCUACCAGUGCGGUAGAAGCUGUGGAGGAUAACAAACAAUCAGUACCAGAGUUUAUGAAAAUCCAAUUAAAUCGAGUGGAUCCCAUGCGCACCUCCAAGAGCAAUGUGGUGCUGGCCAAAAAUGUCAAAGAGACUCCACAGCCCACACCUAUGCUACUGAGCACUCGAGAAUCUUCGCCCGAUGAUGAUUUUCGACGCCUCAGUUCGGAAAGUGUGGAUAUCAAUGAGAGAUCCUCUCCAGAAAUGGAAAAACGCUUCCCAGUGGUCUAUCAUGAGGCCAUAAACAAACAGGCCAAGCAUAGCCUGGGCUUACCACCAAAAAGUCCCAUUAAGAAAACAGGGACAAUGACAGGACUAGCACCUCAAACUCUGCCCGCUACACCCACCACACCGCCCACACCCACCAUCAAUGAAAGGGAAUACAGGCCUGAGCUGGAAUUGCAUUUCAAACUGCCCGAAACCAAGGUCACAGUGCCUUCAUCAGCAGCAGUAGCGGCACCGGAAGAGCAUACCAACUCCCUGUCCCUGCAAGAGCGUAGACGUCUCUUUAUGGCUGAGGAUAAGGCCAAGGUGGAGAGGAAAGUCGAAGAACUGAAAUAUGAACGCAAGCGCUCCAUAAACGAAGAAGUAACUCGUAAAUCUGUGAUCAAAUCCGAAUCCAUGGAAGAGAAAGAAUCACCCACAGAGAACGGAGUGGUGCUUAGGAAGAAAUCCUUUGCCUCCUCAGCCUCUCAUCUCUCCAUGAAUGGCAAUUCCUUAAAUGGCAAUGGCCAAUCCUCCAUAAACAACAGCUCCAACAACAUCAGUGUGGCUGCCAACAAGACCGAUGCCACUCCGGAACUGAUGAAGGUCUUCGCCAGACGUUCUUUGAAAAUCAAGGAUGAGGACUUGGAUAAAAUAUUGGGCAAUCCCCUAAUGGGCGUACCCCCCACCACCACACCGGCGAAUAAUUCAAAUAUUUUAUCCUCCUCUUCGCUGGGACAAAAUGUGAAAAAAUUCUCCAGCUCCAAUUGUACCUCGACUCCCAGCGUGGAUAGUGAUAAGGAAAAUCAAUCGGCUAGCGAGGAGAAGUUGGAUAAGCUCUCCAAAAUGGAAACGGAGCAAAGUAUAAGUAUUACCAAGAUCUCAGCGGGACAGAGUCAGGGCAGUCAUGUCAUAACCUCCAGCAAUGGCCAUAGCUCAGGGGUCAUUUCAGUGCAGCGUAACUCUUUGGCUGAUUUUCGUCAGAUGCCGAUAAAGGCCAACAACGCAAUGGGUUUAGCGUUAAGCAACAACAACAAUAACAAUAAUCUUAGCAAUAGUAUGGGCAACAACAACAACAACAAUAAUACCAUAUCCCCCGUCAAUGGCAACAAUGGAGUUUUAACCAAUAAAAGCUUCUUGCCACCCAUUAAAAUUCCCGGCUAUAGGCAUGUCUCCAUGGAACGCAUAACCCAAAACAAUAACAACAUAAACAACAACAACAACAAUGUUCAGAAUAAUAAUAACAACAAUAAUUGUACACCAGCUUCAUCACCCAACAAGUCCACCACCUUGGAGAGAUCCUCUGUAAAAUUGGCCGAUAUGAAAGCGGCAACGAAAACCGAAAGUUCUACGACUUUAAUGAACAAAUCGAUCGAACGAUCAGCCACAGUUGGUGAAUUUAAAGGAAUCCAUCAGAGGCGUGCAGAAUGGGAGCAAAGAGCCAAGGAAGCUUUAAAGUAAGGCCCACACACAUACCUACACACUCACUCACACAAAACUGAAAAGCUGAAAUACUCAUGAGAAGAACACAUUUGUGUAAAACAAAAGAGAAUUUGAGAAAAUUUUGAAAGCUCUAAAGCUAAUAGAGAGUUGGAAAACCAAGAAAUAUAAAGGAAUAAGUUGCAAAAGCUUUUAAUAGUGAUUUUGCUAAAAGCUCAAGGAAGUGCUAGAAAAGCUCUAUGAAAAGCUGUUUUUAAGGCUUAGAGAGUGUAAGAAAAUCAAGAAAGCUAAAGGAAAAGGCCUUAAAGCUUUUUAGAACAUAGAUCUUUGAAAAAGCUUAGAGCAUGUUUAAAAAAGCAUUAUAAAAAGCUUUUUAAAUAUUAUAGUAGGAAAGCCCAAAAUCUAAAAUAUAAGGAUCCGAAAACUGAGAACAAUUGUUUAAAAGGCUCUUUGGGUUUUAGUUUAAAGCUUUGCUUUGAAAGCUUUUCAAAACUAGAAAGCUGAAUUACUCAUGAAAGGAAAGAAUUGUAUAAAACAGAUUUUAGACAUUUUUUUAAAAAGGUUACAAAGCUUUCUAAGGCAAUUUCUAAAAAGCAUAAAAUAUUGUUAGAAAGGCUGGCGUGCAACAACGUGGAAGAUAAACACCAAAUCAGAAAAUCAAAUGUCGCUCGUUAUGAAGAGAUAUAUUUAAAAAGCUUUUUGGAUUUCGUUUAAAAAUUUGUUUCAGAAGCUUUUCAAAACAUAAAAGCGGAAAUUUAAGGAAACUUUCAUAAGCGCGAAUAAGAUAUCCAGAAGAACUUAGGAAAAAAAAUUAAAAGUUUUUAGGAGCACAUGUUCGAAAGCUCAAAUCAUUGCUGAAAAAGCUUAAUCAAAAGCUUUCAUAACAUAGUAUGGAAGUUAAACUCCAAAAUCUAAAAGUUCAAAGCUCUUUGGGUUUCGUUUAAGGCUUUCCAAAACUGAAAACCUGAAAUACUCAUGAAAGAAACCAAUUUUAAAGAAAAGACUCCAAAAAUUUUAAAAUCUCUUAAAGCUAUGGGAGUGUUGCAAACCCUAGACAGAUGAAGGAAAAAGUUGUAAAAGCUUUUUGGAAUGCCUUUUGUAAAAUCUCAAGG